AUGCCUCUCUUAGACUUAAGACCUGGACAGGACAAACAACUUCUGAAUCACGUUUUUAAGAUAGAAAGAAGACAAUCCAAUCCCUUUGGCCUGGCUAGUUCAAAGUUUGAGAAAGAAUUCCAGGCGAUGGUUUGUUUGCUGCUGGUGGAACUGUGUGAAAAAUUCACUUUCUACGGCAUCGUCUGCAACAUGAUUCUUUUCUACACUAUCAAGCUUGGUUAUCACAAUCACGAAGCCGCCAUGCUCAAUGUUUGCUUUGCUGGGGCGUGUACGGUGGCCCCAGUUCUGGUGGGCUGGCUUGCUGAGCACCCCGUGGGACGGAUCAGACUGGUGUACAUGUGCGCCUUGCUGCAUUUUAUCGGUACAGCCCUAUUACCUGUGGUGGCCUUUCCUUUUGAGGAUUUUUUCAUAGAUAAGCACUACGUCCUUCACACUUUGGCUAAAAAGAAGCAGGAAACCCUCUUCUACAUCGCACUGUUGGCCACUUGCCUUGGCUCUGGAGGAAUAAGAGCCUUUGUGUGUCCUUUGAGUGUUUAUAACCCCGAUGAACAUAGACCAAAGGAGCUUCUGUCCUUCUUCAACUGGUUUCAUUGGUUGACCAAUCUCAGUUCAGCCAUCGUCUUCAUCAGCAUUUCAUACAUCCAGCAGUCAGUGGCCCAGAACCUGGGUUUCCUUAUUCCAUUUGUUUCUAUCCUUAUGGGACUGAUCACAAUUCACAUGGCACGUAGCGAAAUGAUUUACCAGCCUCCCAAAGGGAGUUGCCUGUUGACAGUCUGUGGCAUAAUCAUCAAUGCACUGAAGGUGUGUUGCGUACAAUGCCGCUAUUUCAGUGGGAACGUGGCAAACUGGCUGGACCACGCCAAGGAAAACUAUGGAGGCCACUACACCGAAACCCAAGUGGAAAACACAAAAUUGCUCAUCCGUCUCUUUCCUUUAUUUGCCUUCCAGAUCCUUUAUAGAUCGUGUGUUAUGCAAAUCCCAUCCGGAUAUAACAUACAGACAGUGAAUUCCAAUCUGAAUUUGAAUGGAUUCCUUCUGCCGAUCGCUGCCAUGAAUGUAAUAAGCAUCUUGCCAUUUUUAAUUCUGGCGCCCCUUCUGGAGUGUGUCAAUGCUUGUUUGUUGAACACCAAAACAAGUGGAUGGUAUCCUACGAUCUGUAUUGUUGUAGGCAAUAUAUCUGCAACUCUUUCCGUGGUUGUUGCUGGUUGCUUGGAGCUACAUCGGAAGCAUUUCCCACUGGUUGAACAGACACUUUCAGGCAAAGAACUCCUCGUUUCUUCCAUGCCGUGUCUCCAUCUGGCCCCACAAUACCUCUUGCUUGGAGUAGCAGAAACUCUGGUGACACCCACCUGGGAGUGGUUUCCAAAUAUUCUAAAUGAGGGUAAAUUUGAGAGGUUUUUCUUCUUCUUGGCCUCAUUAAUGAUUGUGAACAGUUUGGGCUUCUGGACCAUUUCACACAAAUAUAAUAAUCUUCAGGAAGACUAUGAUGAAGGAUUCAGAGGAAGCCUUCUUCAGGAGCAGCUUUUACAGCAUGAGAAAUCACUUAAAUUUUAUGAUAGCAUCCUGGUUUGCCCCUCUCCUUUAUCCCGGAUGGAAACUCUCCUGUGA